AUGGGAAUUGUAGUCUCAAAACAUCUGGAGGGCCGAGGUUGAGGAAGCCUGCUCAAAAUCCUCUCCUUUUCAACUCCCCCUCCUGGAACCCCGGCCAUUCAGAAGCUGCCGUUAGUUAACCGUUUGCUGGCAGGGGAAAAGGAAAACACUUGGUGACCCAACCUGCCCAGCAAAAACAAACUUUUCCAUCACAACCUUUCUUCUCCUGACGAGAUCCACUGGGUAUGAACCAGCCCUGUACAACUUGAGAUGACCCAGUUUGCAGGUUGCACUGACCUGUGGCAGCUCUGCAGGGCCUUGAUAAGCCUCCUGGAUGUGUUGUUUGCCCAGGAUCCUGAACAUUGUGUGUGUAUGUGUGGGUCACGAGUUGUGCAGGAUGACUGUCUAAAGAGCCUAGCUUGCUCCAUUGACCAGUCAGGUGGCGAUGAGGCAUCAAGCUUUUGUUCCAUUCUGGGGAGCCCUGAUGUGCUCUGACAACAACUCUGUUUCCAGCUCACAGAGGAUUCACGCUGUCAGCAGCCUUUCACAGGCAGAGAGCCUUUCCCUCUGAGGGUCCCCAUCCGCCACUGGUGGUUGCUCCUAGGAGAAAGUACAACACCAUGAGGGAGAGCUGGGCUGCCUGGUCCUGGGUCGUGGUGCUGCUGGUUGCUCUCGUCAGCGAGCCUGCCUUUUGCCGCAGGGGAGGAGGAAGAGGAGGCGGCGGGGGCAGCGGGGGCAGCAAAAGCGGAGGGUCAUCGCGCGGCGGGUUCCACUCCCUGCCAAAGAGCAGCAGCAGCAGUAGCGGGCAAAGCUCCAGCAGCAGCCGUGGCGCGAAGGUGGCAGGGGCCGCAGCAGUGGGGGCAGCCGUGGGAUACGGCCUGAGCUCCCUCGGGAGGUCUCGCUUCUCCCGAGGAGGCCAAGGCUCUUCCUCGGCCGGCAAGCACAUGUUGCAGCCCGGAUUCCAGAACCCCAACUGGUCGGACCCCAUGAUGGAAGGCGAGCUCUACAGUCAAGCGGCCAAGGAUCCCCGGGCAGGGACCCUCCUGACCUUCUCCCCUGUGGUGUGGGGGGUCACCUGCCUCCUGCUCCAGGGCUGAGGCAGAGCCCUAUUGUCCCCAGAGAGGAGCAGGCCCGGGAGGCCAUUGUGUGCUGUGCUGUGAAGGAUGGCGUUUGUGGUAGCUUGUAGUGAGAAAGAGGCUGGUGUGAGGUUCAGUGGUGGCAAAGGUCAGGGCCAGCCUGCCCAUGAAGAGUUUGAAGAGUUUGGAUUUGAUAUCCCGCUUUAUCACUACCCUAGGGAGUCUCAAAGCGGCUAACAAUCUCCUUUU